AUGGGCGUUUUCGCUAAGCGCACAAAGUGCAAGACCAGGCGUCGCCUGAGAGAUGUUGAUCAGGUCCAGAAGGAUUUGACCAACGCCAGGCACUUGGAGCUCUACAAGGAGACCAAGGCCGUUGAGGAUCUGCCUGGUCUGGGAAGGCACUACUGCGUUGAGUGUGCCAAGUGGUUCGACAUGGAAUCGACUCUUGUCAAGCACACCAAGGGCAAGCCUCACAGGAGAAGGUUGAAGGAGCUCAAGGAGGGUCCCUACACCCACAAGGAGGCCGAUGCCGCCGUGGGCCUCUGGACCGACAAUGGUCGUGGGCGGGCUGCGGAGACCAAGGAGAUUGACAUGAUGUGA